ACUACACGUGUUUUCGAUUCGGCUGUUUCGCGCAUAUUGCUAUAAGACACUCCUGCCCUAAUGGGUGAUGAUAAAUUGGAUCCAUCUAAAGCUUGUAAUAUUUCACAAGAUUGCACUGGACAGCUGGGACCAUUUUGCAGCAGUUUUGAAGAUCAUACUACCGAAUCGGAUUUAUUACAUACAUUCGAGUUACCAAUAUCACCAAGUCAAGAUUUAUUUGGUGAACCUACAACAUCAAGCUCCAAUAGAUAUUCUCCUCCCAUUGGUCGUACAACGGUAACUACUCCAUCUUGCUUCUGGAGAAACUGUGAAUCUUCUGUUCAUCAAGUUUGUGUUAACACAGAUAGUGGAUUUUCUAGUUGGACUGGAGGAGGUGAUUCUAAAACUAGAUCUCCAUCAAAUCUAAUUUCAUCUUACUGUGCCUUACCUCACUCAAUUUUUUCAUCAUUGAUAUCAUCCGAUCGUGAAAGUGUUUUUAUGCUGAAUCAAUCUGAUCAAGCUAAUUCGCCUUGGAGGCUGACACAUUUAAACGAAUCAGACGUAAGCUCUAGAAACUCUGUUACUAGCUCAAGUUCAUGUCUAAAUAAUUUACCUUGUGCUAGUGAAUUUAAUGAAGAACUUUCAGAUAGAAUGUUCGUUACAAGUAUAAGUGAUAUGAUAAGAACUUCGCCGACUUGGUCUACUCCAUGGACUUGUUCAAAUAAGUAUCCUCAUACAUGCGAACCAUGUAAACCAGUAUCACAAAAUGUUGUAGAUAUGAUAGAUUCGUAUCCAGAAACUAUUCCUCUCUCUGAUUUAUCAUCAUUUUUCUCUCUUGGAUUGAAUUCCGAAGGUCAAAAUGCAUACAAUGAUUCAAACGGUUUACAGUCCCCCGAUGACAUUAAUGAUAAGAUUUAUAAAACAGAAAAUUCCAGUAAUUUCUACUCAUCAAAGCCAUCAUAUUCUGUUUGUACACAUGAGAAAAAUCCUUCUACUCAUUUAUUUCGCCCGAUUCCUAUUCGCGAAGAAAGCAAGAUUCAUGGGGAUUUGUUCAAUUCUUCAACACAUUCUAAUCGACGUACUGCUGUGCAUCCCAAUAGAAGCACUGAUAUAAACUCCAGUGCUUCUAUUUCACGGCAAUCAAAACAUGCGAACUGUCGGCCUAGAACUAUAUCCUACACUGCCUACUUAGACUCAUCAAUUAGGAAACCACAAAUUAAUAGGCCAGGUUCUGCACCAUUACAACGUGAGAAUUUAUUUAUUCCCGAAGAAGAUUCCGAUUCAAGUGAAAAUAAUGAACGUUCAGAUGAAAUGAAGGACACUUACUUCGUGCAUAAACGCCGUAAUAAGAAAUCAUCAUCCAAAAUGUCUACACGUAGAUUUUCGCAAAACUACCAGUCUAACUCGUGCGGCCAUUGCGGUACGGAUAUAAACGAGAAUAAUUUUGAGGAUGCAAGCAUCCUUGAGAGUGCCGAUUCUACGAACGUGGGACAUCACAGUAGAUAUACAAAUUGUAUUUAUAACAGGGCAACAAACGUAGCUGGCCAACAUAUAUAUCCAACAAUAAAUUUAGAUAGUAAAAAUUUACAUCUAUCUCCUGACCAGUGCCUUACAAAUUUAUCAUUAUGUCCAGAUUAUAGAUCAGUUCAACAUGAUGUAAGCCGUUCAAACACAUAUGGGAAUGGUUAUCCACCGAACUAUACUGUCGCUCCUCUCUGUUCCAUCAUUUCAUUACCCACUUCCCCCAUGAUGAAUACCAUGCCAACAAUGACAAAUGAUUUAAAUGAAUUGAAUAGUCAUAAUGAUAGUAUACCGACAUUACAAUCGACACCUAUGCCUGAUGUUGUACCCCGAUUCGGGUUACAUAUGAAUAAUAAUAAUGAUACUAUUACAAUUACAUCAAAUAUAACUUCACUUCAUCAUUCUGUAUUAUUACAACCAAGAUGUUCAUCUGUUCCACUUCUACAGCCAACAUCAUCAACAACUUUAGGUUUUAAUCCAAAUUAUUCUCACUGUCAAUAUCAUCGGCAUCAACAACCUUCAGAUCACCAUUAUUACUGUGAUCAUUGUAAUUUAUCAACUGUACCACAAUUCAUUCACAACGGUGGAGCAAACAUGAAUUUCUCGUCUACAUCGAUUAAUCCAAUACAACAUACAAGUUUAUUAGCGAGACGUUUGGCUUAUGUUGCAGAUGAAUUAAUGAUAGAUUAUUCAAGAAGAAAUCAAUCGGGGCGGUAUAAUUUGACAACCGGGAUCUUAUUCAAUUAUGGAAUUAGAACAGCAAAUUACUGUAUACAAGCAUUUUGGAGAUUUUCAUUGAAUCUAUCUCCAUUGUUUACAUUUACAGUCGAUUAUGUAUUACGAACUAUACGAUUAAUUAUUGGUCAAUCACCGUCACCGCAAAACAAUACAAAUCCACCAGAGAAUAUUGCUAAUCCGUCAAUAAACUCCUCAAAUCAAUGUACCGUUUAUUCCAGACAAAGUAUAUUAAGGCAUAGUAAUAAUAAUAACAAUGAUAGUGGGGCCGUUGUUGGUAAUUACUCUAUAUUUCCUCCACAUAAUCAUUAUUAUGUAAAUGGAUCUAAUCAAUCUGAUCUUAGGAAUUCAGCUCUGUCUCUCCCCUCCUCUUUCUCUUCUUUUUCUCCUGCUAUUGGUAGUAUCAAUCAUACUGCAAGAUUUUGUCAAUUAACUCCCUCUACUCAAUUGUCAACAUUGCCAUCGUCUUAUAUAUAUCCUUACCAUCAUAAUUAUUAUUACCAUCACCAUCAGUCUUCAACAUCUCAAAUGCUUCUAUUUCACUCUACCGAUGAACAAAGUUCUAAUUGUUCAGAAGCAAGGACAAUUGAAACUGGUCAUUCGUCUAACUGUAUGGCGGAAAUUGGCAUAUCGGAUUCGGAUAGUAAUUAAACUAUCUUUUAAUGAUAGAAUUUUAAACGUAAUAGUUCGUCUUAAUAACUAAACAAAUGAUCUUUUCAAAAAACGCAGUACUAAAUUAAAACAUCAACCAUCUAUUUAUCCCGAAUAUAAUGCAUAGAUUUCAAGACUAAGGACAAAUUUGUGUGUUUCCGUUCUUUUUUUUUUAACUAUAUGCUUAAUAUUAAUAAGUUUAAGACGAAGAAAUGCAAAUCCUAAAAUAACGACAAAAACAGGGCAAAGAUUUAUAUUAAAUUUAUCUCACCCACAAUAUCAAUACUUUUUGAGAGUGAAUAAUAAGAUAUAAAUGUAUGAAAGAAAACAAACUAUUUUUAUUUGUUCGCACAUAAACUACUUUGAUCAUCUCUUCUUAUCCAUCAUCAUGGUACUUCAGAUUGAUUUCUCCACUCUUCUGAAUGUCGAUUCAUCAUCUCAUAUUAUGUAGCCUUGAACAUUGAUUCAAUAUAUUUACUCAUUUCCGAUUGGUCGAUUCUCAUCGUAUGCCAUUGUGAAUGAUUUUUUGUCAGCCAAUCAAAAUAUCGAAGUGGCAGGUAAUCAGUUGACUGUCAAUAAAAUUAUGAAUGAUUCAAUGAACUGCUAGACAAUUUCUUUUUGAUCGUUCCUUUUUGUUCUCGAACAGAAACAUAUUUUCGACCAAAUUGUUCAUCAAAUUUGAAUUUUUCUUCUACUUUCUUAUUCUAUAUUAUUAUUAUUGCCUUUAAUUGAAUCCUGAUGUUGUUAUACUGAAGUAGAGAUUUCUUCUCGACCAACUUUUUUUUCAACCGGUUCCCUUAGUUGAUUGGAUUGUGUAGUCUCUUAUAUCUUUUUUAUAUUAAAAAAACGAUACAUUCUUAUGCACUGAUUAUUCAAUACAAAUACUUGCAUUUUGUUACAUUGAACAGUACUCUUUAUACCUAUCAUAUUUGUUUAUACGUUGUUAUUGUUAUUAGUGUUAUAUACAUAUUUAUAUUUCUAUAUAUUUAUACACAUUAUACACAUACACUUAGGGGUAAAUCUGUUUUUUUUUUCUCAAAAGAACAAAUCAUAAAGCAGAUUACUACUAUUCUUGGCUGAUUUUUUUUUACGUCGGUAGGUUUCAACAAACAAGGUGGAGGACAACGAACAACACUUUUAUAGUCGAGAAAAACCCUCCUUUAUUAAAGGAAAUAGGUUCUACUUUUGUUUAUCGAUUUAUAUUAUUAUUAUUAUCCCUAUACAUUUUUUAAUUUUUUUUAGAGAUAUGCAUGUAUGUAAUUAGUUCCCCUUUACUUUCUCGUCUGUGAAACUAAAAUAGAAUUCCUAUUGAUCGCAAAAAUAAAUAAACGAGUGAAUCGAAAUAUAGGACUGUUCUUUUUGCUUUGUAUUUUCUCUGUACAUUUGAGAAAAAGUUGAGCACAC